GUCGCUAAAUUCUCGGAAAUGUGGUGGUAUGGUGGUGGUGGAAAUAAUGACCAACACAAACUCAUCAAUAGGACCUGAGGAAUGCAAAGAAGCACUCCCAAGAGAUGAAACUAUCAGACUAAGACAUGAUUUAAUUGGCAAAGCUUGUGCAAUUCAUUAUCAGGAUGACCCUAUGAAGAUAGUCAGAGGUCUUGGCACAUAUUUAUAUGAUGAGCAAGGCAAUAGAUAUCUAGAUUGUGUCAAUAAUGUUACACAUGUUGGCCACUGUCAUCCACAUGUAAUAAGAGCGUGCGACAACCAGAUGAAACAACUCAACACAAACAAUCGAUUUCUACAUGACAGUAUUGUUCAAUAUGCUAAGAGAAUUCUUGCUAAAUUACCUGAAAAACUUAAAGUCUGCUUCUUCACUUGUACUGGAUCAGAGGCAAACGACCUCGCGUUACUAUUGGCUAAAAUGUAUACGGGACACGAGGACAUCGUUGUUUUAGACAAUGCAUACCACGGUCACACGAGUGCGUUAAUGGAAUUAUCUAUGUACAAACUAAAGCAGAUGAACAAAACUUGUGAUAAGGAUUACGUGCAUGUCGUCACAACCCCAGACCCCUACCGCGGCAAAUACCGAGGGUAUUCGGAAGAGACGGGCGUGAAAUAUGCUAAUGAAGUAAAGGAAACGGUGGAAAAUGCUCAAAAAAACGGCCGGAAGGUGGCUGCGUUUCUAGUCGAAUCAGCACAAGGAUGUGGAGGACAGAUUAUCUUUCCUGAUGGUUUUCUUAAACAUUCGUUCAAACAUAUUCGAGAGGCAGGGGGGGUUUGUAUCGCUGACGAAGUUCAGACAGGAUUUGGAAGGAUCGGUGAUAAUUUCUGGGUCUUUGAAGGACAAGAUGUUGUUCCUGAUAUUGUCACGAUGGGUAAACCUAUUGCAAAUGGUCAUCCCACUUCUCUCGUCGUAACUACACGAGAAAUAGCAGAUUCGUUCAGUUCGACUGGUGCAACGUACAUCAAUACGUAUGCUGGCAAUCCAGUAUCAUGCGAAGUCGCUCAUGCAGUGUUGGAUGUCAUUGAAGAAGAGGGGUUGCAAAAAAAUGCUUUGGAAGUUGGAAACUUCAUGUUAAAACAUCUCAAGGAAUUACAGAAAGUCCAUCCACUCAUAGGAGAUGUCAGAGGUAAGGGAUUCUACAUUGGGAUUGAACUCGUCACGGACAGAGAUAAGAAAAUUCCUGCAAAAACGGAGGCCUAUCAAGUGAAAACAAAACUGAAAGACAGGUAUAUAAUCCUGAGCGUUGAUGGUCCAGAUGAGAAUGUAUUAAAAUUCAAGCCACCAAUGUGCUUCAGCCGGAUGGACGGUGAAUUCUUAUUGAGUAACUUAAAUGAAGUAUUUAGUGAAGUUGAAGCCACGAUGAAGCGAUGUUAAAUUAUAGUGCAAAUGCAAAGUUUGGGUGCGAAGUUUUGUAAAAUACGGAAAAUAUAGCCAUGCGAAGAUGGCAUAUUUUGUAUACUUUGUAACUAGAUUAGUUACACACUCCGGCCGUAUUACAAAACCAUACAAAAUUCGUGAACUUCGCAUGGCUAUAUUUUCGGAAAUUUACAACAAUUCGCAGCCAAACUUGGCAGUUUUACUAAUUUUAGUAAGCUCUUUCAGACGCUCUAAUUUAGGUAAGCUCUAUCGCCGAGGUAAGAGAUUAAUUUAGACCCACACAAACAGGACGCGAUCACGCGAAUUGGCAACGCGACGCAAAUUUACUUUCUAAACGAUAUUUAUUUUCUGAAAUCAAAUAAAUUUUAAGCUAUCAUUAUAUUCUUGUAGAUUGCAUAUAAACAAUAAUAGAU